AGCCGGUACUUGCCAACAGUAGGUGGCGAUGAUGCGCCAUUGCAGUUGUUUUCUAAAACCAAAGUAAAAACGGAAGAAGUUCCUUCUGUUGCCGUCCAUGCUGCCGUUGCAACUCACUAGUUAUUUAUUAUGCCAACAUUUUCGCCUUAUUGCUAAAGUAACUAUUUUGUUGAGACAAAGGACACUUCCUAAACACAACGAUGGAAGAGAGACUUCUGCAGUUGAAGAAUCCACCCGAGAUCGGAGAGGUUCUUGGUAUUGGUAAUAAAACUCUGAAGGUGGCGGAGCGUUUCACCCGUUAUUUCAUUGCGAACAGCAUGAAGCAGUCGGAGACACCGUUCCUGGAGGAAGCUCUGUCCCGCAAAGCGGUGAUCCUGGAGUACGCCCGGGCAAAACGGCCCAAGGCCAAGAGGAAAAGCAAGGAGGGGAAGGGCAAAGCAGAGGUCCUGGAGUACGCCCGGGAAAAACGGCCCACGGCCAAGAGGAAAAGCAAGGCACUGAGUGCCGGGGAGAAAAGGAGACUCAAGGUGUUCGACAUCAAGCCGGAACACCAGAGAUAUGAGCUUUUUCUACCCCUGAAUGACUUAUGGAAACAGUACAUCCUCAGCAUAUGCAACGGAUUGAGACCAUCGAGUAAUCCACAACUUAUCCAGCAGAAGCUACUGAAAGCAGACUUCCACGGGGCCAUCCUAACAGUGGUCCGGUCCAAGUGCCCAUCCUAUGUUGGAGCCACAGGCAUUCUCGUCCAGGAGUUCAAGCACAUCUUUAAAAUAAUCACCAAGGAGGAUCGUCUUAAAGUAAUCCCCAAGAAGAACAGCGUGUUUGCAGUAGAAGUCAACGGCUUCGUCUCCCAUAUCUACGGUAGCAAGUUUCAGUACCGCGCCAGCGAGCGCUCGGUCAAGAAGUUUAAAGUCAAGGGCAGCAUUGACUUGUGACGGCGGUCAUGGUUUACUCACUUUUGGACUUGGAGGGAGGACCUUGGAACCAAAGCUAUCAUGGGCCUCAGUGGACUGGUGAAAUUGGUGCUUGUGUACCGAAUCCUGCGCCUUUGUUGUUGGUAUUGGGAAGCCAUGAGUUGGAUUGUCCGUAUUGGGGCCCCAGCUGUUGUCACGUGUACUAUGCGUCUUGAUUGUAGUUUGGCACCAUGGUGUGAAAUAAGAUGAGCUAGAUCUGCAUGUUCGCACUCGAGGAAAAGUACCUUUAAGGAUUUUAGCACGGCUUACACAUAGUAAAUCAUUCUGAGCAGUGUUGCCCACAUUCAUGCCUGGUAUCUCUAGGCUAUCCAUCUGAAAAACUGACAACAAUAACAGUACUGUGAGACUUUAUUUUCUGUGUGGCCGUACCACUGUUAGUGGCCACCAGAGGACAGCAGGACUUUUUUAUUUAUUCCAAUUGUAGGAUUAUUAUAAUUUUUUCCCCAGAGUUUGCAGCUUCACAUCAACUAUUUUGAACAUGAAAUGUGUCAGAUUUAAGACUUAUAGACAUUUGCUAUACAACAUUGUGCUUGCUAAUUUUUGCUUUGUUUUUGCAAUGAAGAAUGGAAACUUACUCUUCGCAAAAAGGAGACAUUAAUGUAACUAUUUUUUGCAACAAAUGUUUUAAAGUCUUGUAUUGUUCAAUUCAUAGUUCACAGAUAGCUCUGGUGUAUUCAUCAAUAGUAAUAUAUGUUGUGGGUGUAUAUUACAUGAAGACACUUAAAUAUCAGGUCUAAGUAAAGUUUCAGUAAGAAGCCUCAUUAAGGUAUCACUUUUGUCCGAUUUAAUGCGACGGGAGAUGGUGACAGACCUUGACAUUGCUUACAAUGCAUUCAAGGUUUUUUUUAUGGUAGUCAACUAAACCAGCACAUUCUUCAACAUCUAAAUGUUCCAGAUUAUUUAAUGCAUAACUUUGGAUAAAAGCAUCUGCUGAUUGACUUAAAUCAAUAACAAA